CAUCUCGAGCUCGUAUUUCGGAAGCGGACGUCAGGAAGAGAAAGACAGCUUGUACCACCUCAUUCUACGCAGAAAUCUGGUAUCCGCGCUGUCGCUGCUGGCUCUCUAUAUUGCCGAGUCUGCAGAGCGUGAUAACGGGAUUAUGGGGGUGCCAGUAUCUGGACGGCUUGGUGAUCAUUGUGCGGCGCUGACAUCGGCGGAACCAUUGAGAGUGGUUUCUGGAACCGAACGUCAUGCUACGUACGUUCUAGCUAUAUUAUGGCAGUACCGACCUCCGACAAAACCCAACCGCAAGCCGCCGAGAUCCAAAGACGACCCCGAACUUUACAGCAACAGGAAUCAAUCAUCCUACUCCCCCUACCCAUUCCGCUCCAAAACCUCGAUUUCGGCGAAAAGCAACGCCCCCAACGCCGCCCACCGCGCCCCCCGACGCAACCCACAACCAAAAAUACAUAACACACACCCCGCUCCUCCACCUCGUCUAUCCUUUUCCAAACGCGCCACGCAGAAUACAGUUUACUCGUAA